AACCCACCAUUUUUAGUUUCUUCCACUGCCUUUCAGCUUAAACAUGCAAAGGGACAUAAACACAAACACAAGACAAGGGAGCCCAUUAUCACUGUGGGGGGUUGCGAUUUUGUGCUUCGUCGUAGUACUUAUGGUGCUCACUCCAAGAAUCCCUCAGCCUAAAUCGUAUCAUGAUUUUGCUGAUAAACGCAAAUUCUUUGGGAUACCUUAUACGCUUGAUGUGACUUCGAAUUUCCCCUUCCUUGCUAUUGGAUUAGCUGGGCUUGCGCUCUGCUAUUAUGGGAAUUAUGUCAAAAUGAGCUUGCAAGGGGAGGUUUUGGGGUGGACAGUUUUCUACACGGGCAUUGCAACCGUUGCGUUUGGAUCAUCGUACUACCAUCUCAACCCAAACGAUGAUCGUCUCGUGUGGGAUCGCUUGCCGAUGGCUAUUGCCCUCGCAGGAAUCCUAACUAUCUUUGUUAUUGAGAGAGUUGAUGAGAAAAGGGGAAUUCUGUCUAUCAUUCCAUCCCUUUUGGGUGGUGUGGGUAGUGUCAUAUAUUGGAGACGUUUCGACGAUCUCCGUCCUUAUGCCAUUGUUGAGACGGUUCCCUGCAUAGCCAUUGUCCUUAUGGCUCUAUGGAUUCCUCCAAGAUAUACACAUUCAACAUAUUGGUUGUGGGCAGCAGGAUGUUUGCUCCUGGCAAGGAUUGGAGAACUUGCAGAUAAACCAAUUUACAAAUUGAGUUUUCAUAGAGUGAGUGGGCACACUCUGAAGCAUGUAUUUGCUGCAAUUCUUGCUGUCAUCUUGACCUUAAUGCUUGUACAGAGAGAUAUUCAGACUGAGAGGAUAAGUUUGUUGCAGAGAUGGAGAAUGUCUUCUAGGAAUAAAGCUAAAGAAAACGGCACCAAAGUUAGUUAGCAUAAACAAAUGUUAAUCACAAAAUGUGUGUGUGUGUUUUUUUUUUAAUUGU